UACUAGUCAUCAACUUUUUCUUUGAAAAUCGUUAAUUUACGACGUCUCAAACUAUACGAAAAUGUAAAAUUCAUAUUCCUGAAUUAGAAAUACGCCACCACAACUUUUUUAUCUUUUCAGUAUUCAAAAUUACCUUGAUAUUUCUCCUCAAAGUUUUCCCACUUCGCAUAAGCAAUUUUUUCAAAAUCGGAUAAUAUUAGCGAAAUUACUCAAUUUUGUGAGGCCUUUUAGUCAAAUUCGAGGCCAUUGGUGCUUUUUCUAUCAAAAUGUUCGAACUCAGAACGCCUUUUUUUUGUUGCAAAAUAGCAAAAUUUUUGUGUAUUUCUGAAAAUCGUGCGGGAAAUUCGAAGAAAUUUAAAUUUUACCGAUUCUAAGUUAUUAUGUAACAACUUUUGUGAUGAUAGAUUAAUUAUCGUAUAUUCUUGAACAAAUUUGUUUUUCGAGUUUGUAGAAUAGUUCGCAAACGUCAAAUUGAGGUUAUGUCAUCAAAAUAUGAAGGAUUUAAGCGCGAUUCUUAUAUUCACACUUGUAGCAAAUGUAAUUGCACUAGAAGAAAAUCUUCUUCAUUAUGUACAAGAUGAUGUUUCUGGUGGUUCUUAUAAAUAUUACAGCUUAUUGUACGAGGGAGUUAUAAAAAUACGACUAACUUCACAAAUCGGCGAUUCAGAUAUUUACGUUUCACAAACAACAACAAAACCGACCUACGAUCCGGAUAAUUAUUGUUUGCAAUCCACCACCUGUGGUGAAGAUAUUCUUUACAUACCACAGAGUUUUAAGAGGCCAGUCAGUAUUGGGGUAUAUGGCCAUCCAUCUCACGAAAAUAGUUAUUAUACUCUCGCAGUAUACCAAAUCGUAGUAGCGGAUGGUGACACUUUCGACGAACAAAAUCCGACCGAAAAUACUAACAAAAAAAAAAGCAAAAUGAGUAUGCUGGAAUAUGAGACGGAAAUGUUCCUCGAAAUACUUCACGAGGAUGGACUCGUUGUAGCUGCCAAGGGGCUUUCAAUAGAAACAGUCUUUGCCAAUAUUAUGAGAGCCUAUUCAGACCCAAAUUUUCUAGUCCUAGUUUUGGGAACAACAGACCACGAGGAAAAGUAUUUUAUAGAAAAAUUACACAUCCUUGGCGUCAGUCAGUUGCCUCGCGUAAUAACUUCUCAGUGUCUUUCUGAUGAAAGGGAGAGAAUUUAUCUCGAAGGAGGCGUUUUAUUUGUCUCAGGGCGAAUUCUGGUCGUGGAUUUGUUAAAGAAUAGAGUUCCUCUCAAUUUGGUGUCUGGAAUUUUAGUUUAUAGGGCGCACAACAUAUUAAAUUUGUAUCAAGAGGCGUUCGCUCUUCGACUCUAUCGACAAACUAAUAAGACUGGAUUUAUUAAAGCCUUCACCAGUUCUGCCUUAGCUUUCACGAUUGGAUUUUGCCAAGUGGAACGCGUUAUGAGAACUCUAUUCGUUACGAAAUUAUAUCUCUGGCCUCGAUUCCAUUCUACGGUCAAAAGCAGUUUAUCAAAACGCGAGCCUGAAGUUGUAGAACUUCAUGUCCCACUCACGUCAAAAAUGCUGAGCAUCCAGACAGCUUUGCUAGACGUUAUGAACUUUAUGGUAAAGGAAUUGAAGAAAAAUAACAAAUACUUGGAAUUGGACGAGUUAACAGUGGAAAAUGCUGUUGCGAAAAAGUUUCACAAGCUAUUGCAACAACAGUUAGAUCCAAUUUGGCAUCAGUUGAGCCAAAAAACAAAACAAUUGAUCGCCGAUUUAAAAACUUUGAGGUCUUUACUUAUGUGCUUGACUCACGAAGAUGCUGUUUCAUUUUAUGCGAUGCUUAACAGUUUGCGAACAAUGGAUUAUGCAGUAAAAAGUAGUGGAUGGUUGGUCUUAGAUGUUGUCGAAAAUAUGUUUAAAGCUGCAAAGGCGAGAGUUUAUAAUGACAAGAAUGAAUUGAAGCCAGAAGCGAAUCCAAAAUGGGAAGCUUUGUCAGAAAUUCUCUCAGAAAUUCAUCGCGCUGAUGCAAAGACGAGAAAGGAAAAUGACCCAACGCCAAAGAUUUUGAUUUUUACCCAAGAUUACUCCAUGUGUACGCAAGUGAAAAAUUUCUUGACACUUGGAGGCGAGGAAUAUCUGCGACGCACAGCAAGCAGAAAGUUCAAAAAUAAAAACCAACCGGCCAAGAAACCUAACUCCAACGCGGAAACGAAGGGAGCUCAAAAUAAGGAAGAGUCUUCUGAGGCAGAUGAAGAAAAUAAGGAUGAGGAAGAACAAUUAGAAAGUUACGUUUUAACUUUGACUCAAAAACCCAAAGAGGAUAAUGAAAAAGACUCCGAAGAACUGCUUUAUCAAAGCCAGUUUGAACAUUGUUCUCAGAUUACGGAAAUGGAUCUGACAACAAUUGCGACUGAAGCCCCGAUAGUUGUUGUUCAAUCUUUGAAAAAAGGGGGUGAUUCGAUGGCACUUCAACGAAUUUUAUCCGAAGUAUUACCAUCUUUCGUCGUGUUGUACACGGCUGACAUUUCCACGGUCAGACAACUCGAGAUAUAUCAAAAUAGGAAUGUGUCGUUGCCUCUGACAGUUUAUUUUUUAAUCUAUGGCGGCUCAGUUGAAGAACAAGCGUAUCUCACUUCCUUGAGGAGAGAAAAGGCCGCUUUCGAAAAAUUGAUUAAUGCUAAAAAAACAAUGGUUGUGCCAGUUGAUCAAGAUGGGAAAUCUGUCGAUGCGACAGCUUUUUCUGAGCCUUCCAUUUCCUCUGAAGAGCCUGUGAGUUCCCGAAAAGGCGGAAUUCAGGACGAAAGUACAAAAUUGGUGGAGAAAGUUAUUGUCGACAUGAGAGAAUUCCGUAGUGAAUUACCUGCUCUUUUGCACAAAAGAGGAAUAGAAAUUGAACCUGUGACUCUAGUCGUGGGAGAUUACAUCUUAUCUCCGGAAAUUUGUGUGGAGAGGAAAAGCAUAUCUGAUUUGAUUGGCUCCUUAAAUUCAGGAAGAUUGUAUAAUCAAGCCAUUUCCAUGACUAGAUAUUAUUCCAAACCGAUGCUUUUAAUCGAAUUCGAUCAGAACAAGCCUUUCUGUUUCCAGGGAAAUUACUAUGUUAGCAAAGAUAUGAAAAGCUCGGAAAUUACAUCGAAAUUGCAAUUGUUGACGAUACAUUUUCCGAAGUUGAAAUUGGUUUGGUCGCCAAGUCCACACGCGACAGCGCAACUUUUCGAAGAACUGAAGCAAGGAAGACAGCAACCUGAUGCUUUAAAAGCCGCACAAGUUGGAACCGAUGGCGAUUCAGAUGAUAAAACAAUGGCAGAAAAAUAUAAUUGCAAUAUCCAGGAUUUUGUUGCGAAACUGCCUGGUGUUCAUACAAAAAAUCUUCGAGUUGUUUUGAACAGAGGACAUUCACUCGAUCAUCUUAUUCUACUAAGUCAGGACGAACUAGUCGAAUUUCUUGGAAAUAAAAGCGACGCUCAAUUGCUUUAUCGAGCCCUGCAUGAAAAAACAAAACCAGAUCCUCAACCUUCAACGAGCACAAGUGGAAAAACAUUUUCUAAAACUAAAAGCAGAGGACUGUUCUUUAAGAAGAAAUAAAAAAGGCAAUAUUCAAGCCCUGGGUAA